GUCCCUCGCACGCUCCUCUAUAGUUAUUUUUGAGGCAGGUUGUGGGAGAGAUGCCGCGUCCGACUCGAGCUGCCAAGCAGGGCACCAAAUAUAAGGAUGAGAGUGAGAGCAGUGACUCAGAGGAUUGGGAUGAAGAGGAGGACCCUGAUAACAUGAAUGUGCCAGGAGGAGGCACCAACCUAAAUGUGCUGAAGGGAGAAGAAAAUCCAGUGAAGAAAGAGGACCUUUCAUCUCUAGGUGCUGGCAGCUCUGGCCUCAAUCUCCAAUCCCUUCUUGGGGCAUCUCAGGCAGACCUUAAGCCCAAACCAGACUUACUCAGCACUGCACUCUCUUCCUCAGGGCUUGAGGGAAUGGCGGGGGCAGCAGGGCUACAGAACCGUGCUGGUCUUCAGCAGCAGUUGUUACAGCGAGGAUUGGUCACCAAAUCUGCAUAUUCACCAGGAUAUCAAGUCCUCCGCCCUGAUGGCAUGCAGCCCAGAACAGAUGUGCCGGCAUCUCUGUCGGGUCUCGGUCUGGGUUACAAUCCAGCGCUGACGGCAGCGAGUAUGGGUAUGAUGGGCGGCCUGGGCAUGAUGGGCAGCAGCCCUUUAUCAGCCAUGCAGUCCUUCAUGGCUAUGCGGUCACCUGGUCUUGAUAUGAGCAACCCCGUAAUUGCACAGAUCAUGAUGCAACAGGCAAUGUCUAUGUCACAGACAGGUGCCCCACAGAUGCAGAAGUUGAUGGGCAUGUAUCCUGGGCUUGCUAGCUUCAUGGAAAUGAUGAAAUACUAUGCUCCCCCACCACCUCCACCCCAGGCCCACAUGAUGGGCAUGCAGGUGAAUCCCUUGAUGCUGAGCCAGCCUGCCCAAGAGGAGGACAUGGAAGAGGAUGAGAACAUGGGUGUUGCUGAAACGUACUCAGAUUACAUGCCUUCCAAAUUGAAGGUUGGCAUCAAGCACCCGGACCAGGUUGUGGAGACAGCAUCCAUGUCCUCAGUUGAGCCUCCGGAUGUCUGGUACCAAAUGGACAUUCCCCAGCACUCCAUCGAGACUGGGAAGUUGUCUGCGCUGCAGCUAGAGAGCAUCACCUACACUUCUCAGCAGCAUGAACACUUCCUUCCUGAUGGGACCCGGGCAGGCUUCCUCAUCGGUGAUGGUGCUGGUGUAGGUAAGGGACGCACAAUUGGAGGAAUUAUAUACGAAAAUUACCUCAAGGGCCGCAAAAAGUCAAUCUGGGUGUCUGUGUCCAAUGACCUCAAGUAUGAUGCUGAGAGAGACUUGAAGGACAUUGGUGCAUCCCACAUCAAUGUAAACUUCCUCAGCAAGAUGAAGUAUGGCAAGAUUAACUCUGACCUCAAUGGCAAUGUGAAGAAGGGCGUGCUCUUCGCCACCUACUCUGCCCUGAUAGGAGAGUCGUCAAGUGGCCAGGGCAAAUACAAGACCCGGCUAAAGCAGAUACUAAACUGGUGUGGUGAUGACUUUGAUGGCUGUAUUGUGUUUGAUGAAUGCCACCGAGCCAAGAACCUUAGUCCAGUAGGAUCUGGAAAGCCCACAAAGACUGGCUUGACAGUGCUGGAGUUGCAGACCAGACUCCCCAAGGCCAGGGUGGUGUAUGCCUCGGCCACAGGUGCCUCAGAGCCCAAGAACAUGGCCUACAUGGUUCGGCUAGGCAUCUGGGGCAAGGGCACACCCUUCCCAGAGUUCAGUGACUUUAUUAACGCCGUGGAGAAGAGAGGUGUUGGUGCUAUGGAGAUCGUGGCAAUGGAUAUGAAGCUGCGUGGGAUGUACAUUGCGAGGCAACUCAGUUUUCAUGGUGUAGCAUUUAGGAUAGAGGAAGUUCCUUUAGAUGAAGAUUUUAAGCAUAUGUAUGAUGAGUCUGUCAAACUGUGGGUGGAUGCACGACAAAAAUUCCAAGAGGCUUCAGAGCUGAUUAAUGCUGAGAAGGGAAUGAAGAAGUCCAUGUGGGGUCAGUUUUGGUCUUCACAUCAGCGCUUCUUCAAGUACUUGUGUAUAGCAUCAAAGGUUGAACAUGCCGUGAGGUUAGCGAGGGAUGCUGUCAAGACGAACAGGUGUGUGGUGAUUGGUCUGCAGUCCACAGGGGAAGCUCGUACCUUGGAGCAGCUUGAGAAGGAUGAUGGAGAGCUCUCUGACUUUGUCUCAACUGCUAAAGGUGUUUUGGAGACCCUUGUGGAGAAGCACUUUCCAGCACCAGACAGAAAUCGAAUCAAUAAAAUCUUGGGAAUCUCAGAAACCAGCAAAGAAUUUAAAGAUAUUAUUGAUGAGGUCACUGGAAAAACUUCCAAGAGGAAACCAGUGCGUCAGGCAGCACAGCGAGCAGCCAAGAAAAGAUUCAAGGACCUUCACUCAGAUAAUGAAGAGGACUCAGACUUUGAGAUGUCAGGAGACAGCGGUGGGGAGGAGGAGGAAGAGGAUAUUUAUUCCUCUGAAGCCUCAUCUGAAUUUUCUGGAAUAAGUGACUUUGAAGAGGAAGAAAACUGGGGUCGCCCCAAAAAACGAGGGCGGCCAAAGAAUCACAAGCAAAAGAAUGGGAAGGGCCGAGCGGAGAAUGGAGAGAAGCCGCCCCCACCCCCGAGGGACCAUGUGGAGAAGGCCAACAAGCUGAAGGCUGACCUACUGAAGUCCAUUGAAAACUUGGGGCGGAAACUCCCGCCCAACACCCUUGACCAGCUGAUUGACGAGCUGGGCGGGCCAGAGAAUGUGGCUGAGAUGACGGGACGCAAAGGACGCGUUGUGCAGAGUGAUGAUGGGCAGGUCAUGUAUGAGUCACGCUCUGAGGCUGAUGUGCCCCUUGAAAUACUGAAUAUCAAGGAGAAAGAGAGGUUCAUGGCCUCCGAGAAGGAUAUUGCUAUCAUCUCCGAGGCUGCCAGUUCCGGCAUCUCGCUACAGAGUGACCGAAGAGUUGUCAAUCAGAGGAGAAGAGUUCACAUAACCCUAGAACUGCCAUGGUCGGCUGAUAGAGCAAUCCAGCAGUUUGGUCGUACUCACAGAAGUAACCAAGUCAAUGCUCCAGAGUAUGUGUUCCUCAUCUCAGAGCUUGCUGGAGAGCGGAGAUUUGCAUCUAUUGUAGCGAAGAGAUUAGAAAGUUUGGGAGCGCUGACACAUGGCGACAGGAGAGCCACUGAGUCUAGGGACCUCUCCUCCUUCAACAUUGACACCAAAUAUGGCCGAAUGGCCCUUGAGUCCACCAUGAAGACCAUGAUGGGCUAUGAGCACCCUAUAGUUCCUCCCCCUGAUGAUUACAAGGGCGACUUCUUCUCUGAUAUCCAGAAUGCCUUAGUUGGGGUGGGGAUAAUUCUCAAGGAAGAUAGCAUAUACCAAUUAGACAAAGAUUAUAACAACAUGAGCAAAUUCCUUAAUAGAAUAUUAGGUAUGCCAGUAGAAUUACAAAAUAGGUUAUUCAAAUACUUCACGGACACACUAAAUGCCAUAGUGUCCCAGGCCAAGAGGACGGGCAAAUAUGACAUGGGCAUCCUAGAUUUGGGUAUUGGAGGAGAGGGUUGUAAAAAGACCAAGACCAAGAUCUGGAUAGGGAAGCAUGUGACGGGCACAGCCAAGACGGAGCUCCACACUGUGCUGGUGGAGCGUGGUCUGUCGUGGGCAGAGAUCCAGGAAAAGUGGGCGGAGCUUACUGGAGACCUGGAAGGCUUCUACCUCUCUCAUCAGGUGAGGAACAAUAAGAAGACAGCAGUGCUGGCUGUUCUGGAACCAUCAGUAGCAAACAAGAAGCGAGAGAAGAAUUCUCGCAUGUUCAUCAUCUACAGACCUAACACAGGCAUGCAGAUGAAGCAAGAGGCGUACUCUGACCUGAAGAAGAAGUAUAAGAAAGUAACCCCAGAUGAGGCUCAGGAGCACUGGGAGGAGCAGUUCAAGGCCUCUAGUCACAUAUGUUCUCAUGCAUACUGGCAAGGUAAUUGCCGAAGGGUGAACAGUGGGAUGGAGUGUGAAAUUGGGCUACGGCGCCGAACCUACCAUGUGCUUUGUGGGUUGGUGCUGAAUGUGUGGGCCCGGGUGGAAGAUGUGCUAGCCUCAGCGCCCCACUCGGCAGCCACCAAGAUGCAGGUGGUGCGCCUCAAGACCCAGGAUGGCAUCAAGCUCGUUGGCACCCUCAUUCCAAACAACCUGGUGGAACGGCUGUCCAUGGUGAUGGAGGAAGAGAGCACCGAGUCGUUUGAAGAAAAAUUCUCAGAUGAUGAAAGCCGUGAUAGUAAAGAUAGUAAUAAGGAAUAAUGAGAAAUGUGAGAAGUUAUGGUGAGUGUUAGUAUUGUGAAGGACUCCAGAAAAAAAAGAGUAAAAAGGAACAAGAGGAACCAGCCAGGUGCACUGUAUCUUCACUGCCUCCUGAAAUAUUAGAGGUACAAACUCCACACGUAAAUACCACUUAAUUGCUAUCUUGUAACGUUGAUGUGGAGUGUUGAUACAGUUUUAUCAAGACACCGGCUGUUCCUUGCGUGUGCUGCAUGAGUGACCUGGAGGAGCUGCUGGACAUGCCGAGGUGAUGAAGGUAAAGGAAUGUGAUUGUGUUACUUUAAAAAAGUUAAGUUACAUAUGAAUAAAUGCAGUGUAGCAUUAUUCCAAUUUUUGGACAGCUUUCACAUUGUGAUUGGGUGCUGAAAAGAACAGGUGGUCAGCCACAGGAGGUGUCCCAUUGACCUCAGCUAGUGCUUCAGGCUCAUGGGUCACCCUCUUGGAUGAUGCCUGCUACUUAGGCAAGUUACCUGUUAGGUUAUGACCACUCCCACUUAUUUAUCGACAUGUGUAGUGUACCUGCUGUUAAGCCAAGGACCACUAUUUUAGAAAUGGAAAGUACAGUAGAUAUCAAUUUUAGUAAAGAAAUGUAGAUUUUCUUAGAAUUUGGCACUUGGUAAUUUGCAUUGUGUAUUAUGUGUGCACAAAUUACUGUAUGUUGCCCCUCAAGAUUACAUUGUUGUAUGAUUGAGUCAUGAUAUUUUAUUCUUUAGGAUUAUUAGGUCUGGUCCAGCAUUGCACCAUGUUAGGUUUAAAGUCAUUUCACCUUUAAUUUCUUUCCUUCGUCUCAUAUUUAUUUUGACAUAAGUACACUGACUUUAUCAUUCAUCUUCCGGAUAUUAUUUCAUUGCGGACUUUGAUGUAUAUAUUUAUAAUUGCAUUUUCAUACUUUGUAUAAAGAUAUAUAGUUACUUCUAGAAAACAUGAUUUUAGUCUUACUUUAGAAAAAAACUUGAUAUUGUUAUUUUCUUAAUUAUUUGAAAUGCACAUCUGUAGAAGUUAAAAGUAUCUUUUCAGUGAAAGCUUCUUCAGUACCUUCAAAACUGGCAGUGCAGUGGAUGUGGAUAACUGAUGGUCAGCAGACAGGCAUCAGCAGGUACUCAGCAUCAGUUUACAGGGCAUUUUCCAAAGUAUUGUACAACAUGAUCUCGUAUGACCUGAGCGCGUAAGUUGCCGCCGCUGUCCUGGAGCUCUGUCCCUAGCUUUUUGUACCAGGGUGAUGCAGGCGAUUGGCUACAGUGAUUUCCUCAGCAAAAACGGGUCUUCAUCAAAUGUACAGCUUACAGUAGUCAAAGUUGUGUUGCAGGUGGUGUUGUGUGAUGCACCUAGAGCUCCAGGGCCAGCCGCCAAAUAUAUGGUGCCGCAAGGCAACAGUGUAGAUAGUACAAGUGGUACCACAGUAGCAGUUGGCAGCAGGAGGGAGCGCAACUGUGUUUGUUCUUCCUGAGUUUUAAAAAAAGUAAUUUCAUAACAUUUCCAAAUAGAUUUUUCUUGGGGUUUAGACCAUUUAGUAGAUGCUUUGUAGUGCUCAUUUAGGGUGAAAAAUCAUGAAAAUUUGGUUUUAGUAAACCAGGUAGUCUAGUUGGUUGUGGAGACAAGAAGUGAGCUUAUUCCCUCCUGCUGACAGGUGCAGUGUUAGGUGUUCUUCCAUGUGAGUCAUUGUGAUUAGGUCAGUCAUGCCAUUCAUACCAUAUCUUGGUCACUUCUUUCACCUGCGGGCAAAUUAUUAAUUUUAUGGGCUUAAACCAGAUGUAAUCCUUUGUCACAAAAGUUUUAUUUUCAGUAUUAUUUGUUAGUUUUAUUAUAUACAUCUUUAUACUGAUAUUGGAUAUUAAUUGGCCACCAUCCAAAUAGUUGCGUUUUGAUCUCAUUCAUAAUUGAUAAAAUGUCUCGACUUCGCAGUUCAUCGUGCUGUACAUUGUAUACGAAAUGCCCCCAUCAGAAAUGAAAGCAUUUGGCUGAUGGAGAAGUAAUAGGAUCUAGUUUUUUUAAGAAGAGCACCUUCAAUGGAGUUCUGUGUGGUAGUAACCUUGAACAUUCCCCACCAGUCAACUGCAACAGGACACAACCAUCGUAAGGACUGUACUUACACACUGUACUGUACCAAACUGUUAGAUAAACAUGUAGAAGUCAAUAAUACUUGGAUAUUUGUU